UCGCCGCCGCACAGAAGCAGCUGACCCCCGUCCCGUUAUAAAUAGCCGACGACACCAACUCCGUGCAGCUUAGCUCCCCCACCUUCCUCUCGAGUCUCCAUCCCAUCUUCAGCGGACUUCGGUUUUAUCCUAACCCUAACCUACCCCCGCCUCCCGACUCUCGUCCCGUAAGCCCUAGCCUGCGCGCGAUGCAGCCGACGACCCGGGAAAUGCAAGCCAUGGCCGCCGCCGGCCAGAUCUCCCUCGACGACCUGCGCAGCGGCCACGCGGGGGCCGCCAAUGGCGCCGGCGCCGGCGUGUACGACGAUUUCCUCGACCAGAUGUUCGGCAGCCUGCCGCCCUCGGCCUGGCACGACCUCGCCGCCGGGACCAAGCCCGAGGACGGCGCGCAGGCCGACGGGAUGCAGCAGCAGCUGUUUGGGGGCCCGUACGAUGAGUCAGUGAUGCUGGCGUCGCGCCUCCGGCAGCACCAGAUUGGCGGCGGCCCUGGCGGCGCCGCGGCCUCCGCGAAGCAGAUGGUGCUGCAGCAGCUCGCCGAUCUGAGGCAGGGCCACCACAACAACAUGCUUCUCCAGGGCAUGGGCCGCUCGCCGUCCAUCGGCGGCGGCGGCGGGGACGGCGGCCUGCUGCUCCCACUCACCCUCGGCAACGGCGGAUCGGGCGGCGACGUGCAGGCCCUGCUGAAAGCCGCCGCUAAUUCCGCCGGAGGGGACGCCGGCGUCUUCGGCGGCUUCGCCGGAUCGCUCCAGCAACAGCAACAUUUCCAGCCACAUCCACAGCAGCAAACGGCGCCCAUGCCGAGCCAGACCUUUGGCGGAGUAGGAGGUGCUCCCGGCGGCGGUUCGCAACCACAACAACAAGCCGGGGGAGGAGGCGGUGGCGCGCCGGCGCCGCCGAGGCAGCGGGUGCGCGCGCGGCGAGGCCAGGCCACCGACCCACACAGCAUCGCGGAGCGACUUCGUCGGGAGAGGAUCGCCGAGAGGAUGAAGGCCCUGCAAGAACUGGUGCCCAACGCCAACAAGACGGACAAGGCGACGAUGCUGGACGAGAUCAUCGACUACGUCAAGUUCCUCCAGCUCCAAGUCAAGGUGCUGAGCAUGAGCCGGCUGGGUGGCGCCGCUGCCGUCGCGCCGCUCGUGGCCGACAUGUCCUCGGAGGGGCGAGGCGGCGCGGCGGACGGGAGCGAUGGCCUGACGGUGACGGAGCAGCAGGUGGCCAAGCUGAUGGAGGAGGACAUGGGCGCCGCCAUGCAGUACCUGCAGGGGAAGGGCCUCUGCCUCAUGCCCGUCUCCCUCGCCUCCGCCAUCUCCUCCGCCACGUGCCAGCUCCGCCCCCCGGCGGCCGCGGCCGGGGGCCCCUUCACCGCCGCGCAGCACAUGAGCGCCGCCAUGCGCAUGGGCGUCGGCGACGGCGGCGUGCCGGCGUCGCCGAGCAUGUCCGUGCUCACGGCGCAGUCGGCCAUGGCCAACGGCGGAGGCGCGUGCGCCAACGACGGCGAGGGGUCGCAUCCCAAGGACGCCGCGUCCGUCUCCAAGCCGUGAGCCGAGCCCGCGACGGCCGCGCCGCCGCGCCCCACACCAACGGCGGAGGAAACCCUCGACGUACGCCAUCGUCCACGGAACCAUGCAGCAUGACC